UGUCAUCAGUCUAUCAUAUGUCAAGUGUCAUGUUUAUUUCUCUGCUUUUUAUAACAUUUCUAAAAUCUUGUAAUUCUGUUAUUCUUCGGUUUUAAGUAUUUACUAUAUUUGUGUUUUGUACUUUUUUUCUUAAACAAAUAAAACAAAUAAUUAAUACAACUUAUUAAUUACACUAUAGUAAUGACACUUUGGUGGAUGUCGCGAUUGAUAUAGGGAUUUAUAAUCAACCGUUGUCAUCAAUUGAGAAGAUAUAUUUAUAAAACGGGUGAGCGAUGUCGGAACAAGUUCUCGACAAGGAGACCUGGCCGCAAGAGGCGGAGGCUGCUAUAAACGACAUCAGAAAACACGUCAAAACUGCCAACAUAUCGCCGCAACUGAAGAGUAAUAAUCAACGCAUUUACAUCAACCUGACCACCUUGGAGAGUACCGACUACUGCAUCGAAAUGUCCGCAUCAGGGUUCAGGGUCGUGGGCAGGAAGUACGACGACACCAGCUUAGCGACCAUAGAGAAUAUGAACUAUGAGACGCCAUACGCUUUAUUAAAUAGCAUAAGCCAAAAGUACAGAGAAUCUUUUGGGGGAGAACUUAUGAAUAAGCUGCUCGACUUAGCCAAAAAUACUGAAGGUUGAAUAUGGAAGACACGAGCGUGAAACGAUGCUUUAAACUUCGGCGAGGACGCCUCAGGAGUGAUUUCGUAGCCAUAUAUUUAAAUGUCAGUAUUCCAAAUGUGCUAUAAAGUAAAAUUUAAGGGUAGGGCCACUUCUAUCACGCGUUUUCGCUUCUGCUACUACCGGGCUAUGUAUAUACUGUUAAGCUGGCACUCAUUUUGAAAUUUCUGGAGUGGCCUAAUUAAUGGUGUCAAUUUAUCAAAGGGUCCAUUAAUAAAAUGGUUAAGGCCUAUACCAAUAUUUUAUCAACAAGAAAAUUGCUUUUAAUUAAGAAAAUUUUGGGAACCAAAAAGACCAUACCAUGGACCCAGAAAUCAGACUUUAAUAUUGAAACGUGUCAUAGCUUCAUGUAUAUUCGCGUACCGUAUCUAUGGUCGCGUCUGUCGUGCAAUAAGUAGAUUUGAUGAGCAGUUAUUAACUGCACUGUACAACAAUAGACUGAGUACAAAUAUGUAUUUAUAUUUUUAGAUUACACAUAAUGUAGUUAAUGUGUUGUAAUAGUAAAUUGUAAUAACUGA